UAUUUUUUCACUCCCAACCCUCUUUUCUUUAGCUCUUAAAAUCUUCUCAGCUCUCCCAUACCACAUCACCCCGGUUUUCUCUGCAGCAUAAAGGAUAAGAAAGGAGAAAUAUCAAGCAGAAAGCAGAGCUCCUGCAGAUGACAGUGACCCAGAGCCAUCAUGCCAAUCUUCAGAGUGAACCUCAACACAUUGAUUCUCCUAUCGUUCCUGCAGGGGGCAAUGUUGCUGCUGUUCUGCAGUUGGUACAUGGGGCAGAGUCCCUUUAGUCCUGUGUCCGUAAACAACACAGCAAAAGUUCACGUUCUGCUGCUUUCAACAUAUCGAUCUGGCUCGUCCUUCAUGGGUGAGGUGUUCAAUCAGCACCCAUCUGUGUUCCAUUUUAUGGAGCCCGCUUGGCACGUGUGGAACAGUCUGCAGAAACAUGGUGCGCAGGUACUCCGGAUGGCUGUGAGGGAUUUUUUGCGGAGCAUAUUCCAAUGCGACUUUUCUGUAAUGGAUGCCUACCUGCCAAAUUCUCAAAGAGUUUCAGACUUUUAUUUGUGGAGGCGAAGUCGAGCACUGUGCUCACCGCCAGUCUGUUCUCUCACACCACGUAACCAGAUGAGUAACGAGUCUCAGUGCAGUAAGGUUUGUGGUGGUCAUGACCUGCAGUUGGUGCAGGAGGCUUGUGGUACUUACAGCCAUGUGGUGUUUAAAGAGGUGAGAAUUUUUGAACUGGAAUCCCUUUACCCGCUCUUUCAGGACCCAAGUUUGGAUCUCCGCAUCAUCCAUCUGGUCCGAGACCCCCGCGCUGUUUUGAGGUCUAGAGAGCACGUAUCAGGAAAUCUUGCUACAGAUAGUGCUAUCAUAUUAGAACAAAGACACAUACCUGCAGCUGAGGUGCAGUUUCAAGUCAUGCAGGAGGUCUGCCGCAGCCAUGUUCGCAUCAUUGAGAGGGCCACCCUGGAGCCCCCUCCUUUUCUUAAAGGCCGCUACAAAAUGGUCCGCUAUGAGGAUAUUGCCCGCAACCCACUUAAGGAGAUAAAUGCCGUUUAUGAGUUUGUAGGUCUGAAGAUGACCACAGAGCUGGCGAAAUGGAUCUACUCUUUGACCCACGGUAUACAGACAGACAAACUUCCCUUCAAUGUAGGAUCACGAAAUGCUUAUAAAAUCUCGGAGGCUUGGCGUGAAGUGCUGUCGCACAACAGAGUCAAACAAAUCCAGGAAUUGUGUCAAGAGGCCAUGUCACUGCUUGGGUACAGACCAGUUAACAGUGAAGAAGAACAAAAGAGCCUGGACAAAGACCUUCUCAUGCCACUUGAACAGUAUAAUCCAGGAACCAUUUAAAACAUUAACAAAAAAAGAUAUUAAAACCAAGAGACGAAAUUGGAGUUGUCAUUCUUUGCUAGAUUUAUUAGAUAAAGCCUUUAAUGAGUGAGGGCAAGAAACCUCAAUUGCUGUUUUCCUUUUCUUUCACUACGCAAUACUCCCAUAUCAAACCACUUGAGACUUUAUUUCCCUAAAAGAUUCUUUAUUUUUGGAAAUGUGAAAUAAAGAAGAAAGAAACAUCUUUU